AUGGCCGUCUAUACCCAGAGUUCGCACAGCUCGCAAGGCAUGCACCAGCAUCUUGUCACCUCCAACCCACCCAUUCCCCGCAGACAAGCCUCUCGCCAACGAUUCGUCACAGAAUUGUCUCAAUGCCUCGUCGACUUCGUCAUUCAGUUGCUCCCCACAACCGGAGAACUCUCGGUGAAGGAGGACGUCCGCAAGCUGCUGGAGCGUCUCAUUCGUACGAUCGAGCCCGACAGCCGCUUACUAUCCUUCGGAAGCACUGCGAAUGGCUUCAGCCUCCGUAAUUCGGACAUGGAUCUUUGCUGCUUGAUUGAUUCGGAUGAACGGCUCAGCGCUGCUGAUCUCGUAACUAUGCUGGGAGACUUGCUCGAGCGAGAAACCAAGUUCCGCGUUAAGACGCUUUCCCAUGCUCGCAUACCAAUCGUUAAAUUAUCACUCGACCCCUCGCCGGGCCUGCCUCUUGGCAUUGCCUGCGAUAUCGGUUUCGAGAACAGACUGGCUCUGGAGAAUACACGAUUGCUGUACUGUUAUGCCAUGAUCGACCCUACGCGCGUCCGUACACUGGUUCUUUUCCUAAAAGUAUGGUGCAAGCGGCGGAAGAUCAACUCACCCUAUAAGGGGACUCUCUCGUCAUAUGGUUAUGUUCUGCUAGUGAUAUACUUCCUUGUUCACGUCAAAAACCCACCGGUUCUUCCGAAUCUACAACAAAUGCCACCUCUGCGCCCUAUAUCACAUGAGGAUACACAUAUCGGCGGACAUAAUACUUGGUUUUUCGAUGAUAUUGAACUUCUACGCCAAAGAUGGCAGUCUGCGAAUAAUGAGAGUGUUGCUCAGUUGUUGAUCGAUUUCUUCAAAUAUUUUUCUCGCGAUUUCUUGUACAAUACUGGGGUGGCUUCGAUUAGGGCCGGCCUGAUUAAGAAGGAGAGCAAGGGCUGGCAGAAUGACCAUGAUCAUUCACGAUUCAAAGAUUCACGGGAGCCAAAUCGCCUCUGUAUUGAGGAUCCAUUCGAGAUCGACUUCAAUGUAGCCCGUUGUGUCACAAAAGACGGCUUGUAUACGAUCCGAGGAGAGUUCAUGCGAGCUUCGCGGAUUCUAGCUACCCGCCCCGAACGUGCUAUCAUUGCAAUUGCGUCGCUGUGCGAGGAAAGGGUCGAAGCCCUCGUGCCUGCCGCGUCAGCAAACACCACAUUUGUGCCCCCACGGCUAUCACCGCUAUCGUCUCUUCCACCCCAAACGCCAUAUACUGUGAGCAGUAGCCCCAUGCGCCCAUCCGAGGUGCACAUGCCAGUUCCAGACGAGAAGUCUCCAUCACAGCUUAGCGCCACAGGACCCACCUCUACCGACGCAACAGCCGGGCCUCCUACAUCACCGCCAGAACAUAUGGCGCCCAAGCGGGGCAAGUGGACAAGUCCUCCACCUCCAGAAGCACCUUUGGCUGAUCAUUCGUCCUUCGAGAAUCGCCUCGGUUUGGGGCUGGCUCUAGCGACAUCCUCUACAGAUGCGCGAGAGCAGACGUACUAUGCGUCUUCGUCGAACAAUAGCGAGAUUCUCACUGACGAAGAGCAUUAUGAGGCGGACGAAGUCAGGUCCGUGCAGUCGAUGUCUGAAGAGAGAACAUCGCAUGCCAUGGGGAGUUCCGCAGCAUCUCCCACUUCUGAGUCUUUGCCCCGCAUGUCUCCAUCGUCUCCACUGGCACCCGUCCCCAGGUAUGUUAACACUGGCAUAGGAGUGUAUGACAAUCACCCGGGCAGUAGUCGUCAACACAUACUGUCUCCAUCUACUCGGGGUCGACAAUGGGUGCGAGUUGAAGAAGGUCCAGGUCCGAGCACCGGACCUUCCAUUGCUGUCGCCUCUAGGCGUAUUGAUCGUUAUGCCAAGUCGUCCAGGUUGAAUUCUCCAAGGCGUUCGACAUCUGGCCCUCCGAGGACGUCAUCGAGUCGCAAUACCCCCCCAUCCUUCCUGCCGAUAGCACUCAUGACCCCUCUGCCUCCUUCACCCUUGGACGCGAGUCCUCCGAUGAAUCAACUGCCUCAUGUACUUUACGAAACAGAUCGGUCCAAGGAUCAUAUACCCCGCAGCCCUGCCAUAUAUCCAACACCUGCGAUGUUCCAGCAAUAUCAGCUUUCUCAGCGUCAGGAUCUUCCGAUGACGUCCCCAGGCACUUACGACUUGCCACAUAUUCUUCACGCACCGAUUACCAACAAGCGUCGUGCAAACAUACUAGAAGUGACCAAAGACGCGUCAACAGCAGGCUCCAUCCCUUCGCCGACCGCCACGCCCACUUCGCACACGCAUUUCUCUCUUCCGCAUUCCCACCAUCCGCCAUCACACUCACAUUCACAUUCUACUGCUACCAUUGUCGCUCCAACACCACCUCCGAACAUCGUACAAUUUGUGCAUUCAGCGCUCAAUGAUGUGUCAAGAUCGAGGUCGCGGACGAGAUCACCCCGCUUGGCACAAUUUUACCCUGGGGAUCAUCCUCCAGCAGUACACCGUUCAACUUCAAUGUCGCCUUUCCAGUCCAUUUCGGCAGGCAGCGGGUCCCCCGCUCCCUCUUCUGACAGCUCUCAAUACGAUGCAUCGACGUCUCCCUUAUCCACUUCCCCGUCAUCCCCGACUCAUGGGGUCGAAAUGAUCAGGUGUUCGCAUGACCUACCAUCUCUUAUCGAAGAUUCGGAAACCUCGUUGGAAGAACCCAAUGCUGUGAACUGGGAACCCCCGAUAGCAACGAGCGCAAAGGAGAAAGAUGAAACGGUAGAUAAUGUGCUCAGUACUUCGGUACAUUCCCAGUCACAAUCCGCCAAUGAACCAUAGUACUUCAAAUUCGUUCGUGGUACGCCUCCAGGAAGUCUCCUAUCCUUACCACCUACCCGACUCUCCGUCAAACCGCCAACAAUAGCCUAUCGAUCUCCACAAAUCACGGCAUGUAUUGAUUUUUACUGGGGAAAUUGGUGAGCCUCUGCGUACGAUCCUCAUCUAGGUUUACUGUUUUUGCUUCGAGGUACCUUAUAUAUCCCUGCCUUACAUAUUGCACCACCGGUACAUCAUCAUCUUGCAGAACCUCCAGAUUGGCUUCAGUCUGCCUCUCAUGUUGCGGCACAGUACGUUGUACUUCGAUUAGUUUACACUAUUACCGUGCAUGAUGCGC